AUGUCCCAGCACCUGUUCCUGUCACUUGUGAUUGUCGCCAUCAGCCCCCUCCCAGGAGGCUUCCAGCAUUCAGAUGUCAGCCCUACCCAGGAAAAUCCUGCAGACCUAGACUGUGGCCUCCCUGAGCCCUCUUCCCGCAUCGUGGGGGGCUCAGAUGUGCAGCCAGGCAGCUGGCCAUGGCAGGUGAGCCUGCAUCAAGGCGGAGGCCACAUUUGUGGGGGUUCCCUCAUCGCCCCCUCCUGGGUCCUCUCUGCAGCUCACUGCUUCAUAAGGAAUGGGACCUUGGAGCCCGCCGCCGAGUGGUCAGUCUUCCUGGGGGUGCACUCCCAUGACGGGCCCCUGGACAACAUUCAAGUCCACGCUGUGGCUGCCAUCCUGGUGCCCGAUAACUACAGCAGAGUGGAAUUGGGCUCCGACUUGGCCCUGCUGCGCCUGGCCUCGCCCGCCAGGCUGGGCCCAGGGGUCAGGCCCGUCUGUCUUCCCCGCGCCUCGCACCACUUCGCUCACGGCAAGACCUGUCGGGCCACGGGCUGGGGAGAUGUUCAAGAGGCGGACCCUCUGCCUCUCCCCUGGGUGCUACAGGAAGUAGAGUUAAGGCUGCUGGGAGAGGCUGCCUGUCAGUGUCUUUACAGUCGGCCUGGACCCUUCAACCUGACUUUCCAGCUAUUGCCAGGAAUGCUGUGUGCUGGCUAUCCAGAGGGACGCAAGGACACCUGCCAGGGUGACUCAGGAGGACCUCUGGUCUGUGAAGAUGGUGGCCGCUGGUUCCAGGUGGGAAUCACUAGUUUUGGCUUUGGCUGUGGCCGAAGGAACCGCCCUGGGGUCUUCACUGCUGUGGCUCCAUUUGAGGCAUGGAUACAGGAACAAGUGAUGGGUUCGGAGCCUGGACCUGCCUUCCUGAGCCAGGCCCAGAAGUCCCAGGCAGGCCCACAGGAGCCCAGGGAGAACUGCACUAUUGCUCUGCCAGAGUGUGGGAAGGCUCCACGGCCCGGGACCUGGCCCUGGGAAGCCCAGGUGAUGGUGCCAGGCUCCAGACCCUGUCAUGGGGCGCUGGUGUCUGAAAGCUGGGUCUUGGCACCCGCCAGCUGCUUUCUGGACCGGAUCACCUCCGACAGCCCACCCCUCGACCUCGAAGCCUGGAGGGUGUUCCUGCCCUCGCGUCCCGGGCCGGAGCGGGUAGCGCACUUCGUGGCUCACGAAAACGCCUCGUGGGACGACGCCUCGGGCCUGGUGCUGCUGCAGCUGAGCGCGCCCGUGAACCUGAGCGCGGCCCCGCGCGCCGUGUGCCUGCCCCACCCCGACCACUACUUCCUGCCCGGGAGCCGCUGCCGCCUGGCUCGCUGGGGCCGCGGGGAACCCGCGCCUGCUCCCGGCGCGCAGCUGGAGGCGGAGCUGCUGAGCGGCUGGUGGUGUCACUGCCUGUACGGCCGCCGGGGGGCGUCGGUGCCGCCGCCCGGAGACCCGCCGCACGCGCUCUGCCCCACCUACCGGGAGGAGGAGGAAGCGGGCCGCUGCUGGAAUGGUUCGAGUUGGAGCCUUCUGUGCCGCGAGGAAGGGACGUGGUUCCUGGCUGGAAUCAGAGACUUCCCAAGUGGCUGUCUCCGCCCUCGAGCCUUCUCCCCACUGCAGACCCAUGGCCCUUGGAUCAGCCAUGUGACUCAGGGAGCCUACCUGGAGGACCAGCUAAUUUGGGACUGGGGCCCUGAGGGGGAUGAAACUGAGACACAGACUUGUCCCCCACACACUGAGCAUGGUGCCUGUGGCCUAAGGCCUAAGGCCAUUGCAGCUGGUGUGCUAUGGCCCUGGCUGGCAGAGGUCCAUGUGACUGGUGGCCGAGUCUGCACUGGAAUCCUGGUGGCUCCAGGCUGGGUCCUAGCAGCCACUCACUGUAUCCUCAGACUAGGCGCUACAACAGUACCUUACAUUGAAGUGUAUCUGGGACGGUCAGAGGCCAGUCCCCUGCCACAGGGCCACCAGGUAUCCCGGUUGGUUAUCAGCAUACGUCUGCCCAGGCACUUGGGACUUGGGCCCCCUCUGGCUCUCCUGGAGCUGAGCUCUCGGAUAGAACCCUCUCCAUCAGCUCUACCUGUCUGUCUACACCCAGGGGGUGUCCCCCCAAGGGACAGCUGCUGGGUACUGGGCUGGAAGAACUCACAAGACCGAGUCCCUGUAGCUGCUACUGUCUCCAUCUUGACACCACGACUAUGUCGUUGCCUCUAUCAGGGCAUUCUUCCCCCUGGAACCUUCUGCGUCCUCUAUGCUGAGGGGCAAGAGGACAGGUGUGAGGUGACUUCAGCACCACCUCUCCUGUGCCAGACUGAAGGAGGUCACUGGGUCCUCAUGGGUAUGGCUGUUCGUGGGAGCCGUGAGCUGUUCACAGCCAUUGGCCCUGAAGAGGCCUGGAUCUCCCAAACUGUGGGAGAGGCGCACUUCCUGAACCCUGGUGGCUCUCCUUACUGGCCUCCUGGAGGCAGUGACCUCUGCCCCCCAGACUUGGCAGGGGACUCUGGCUCUCCUAAGGCUACUCCUCUGUUCCUGCUGUUACUGGCUGUCCUGAUCCAGGGGUGAGAAAAUCUGGAUUCUCAGAUACUCCUUCCCACCACCCAGGAGGGUGGAAUGUGGCUCAACCAGGCAGCUCCCAGGCCUGGAGAGGGCCUCCCUCAUUCACUUAGACUGCAACAGCUUUCAGCUAAUUGUACCUCAGUGCUGGGUAUCUUGGGCCAGGAAAUCUUUGGGGGUGGGGGAGGAGCCCACAAUAAAGGUGUAAAUACAGA